UUGAAGGAUGACGUGUACAGGAAAUGUAAACAGAGUGUAAAAAGCGGCUCAAUGAACUGAUUUUUAUUUAUUUCAGUGUAUUUCUCCUCAAUUAGCUCAUUUUCCGUCCGAAGUCAUGCAAACGUGGAGUCUCGUCUCUAUCUGUGUGUUGCUCGGCGUUGUUGUGAGAUGGGGUGUUUCGUUAAAGUCAUAUUGCGGGGCGGGGAAACCUCCCAUGUUUGGCGAUUACGAAGCCCAGAGGCACUGGCAAGAAGUGACCUACAACCUCCCUGUCCAGGAAUGGUACUUUAACACAACUGAGAAUGACUUGAACUACUGGGGUCUUGAUUACCCUCCUCUGACUGCCUACCACAGCCUGAUCUGUGCAUACGUAGCCAAGAUGAUAAACCCUGAAUGGGUGGAGCUUCACAAAUCCAGAGGUUAUGAGAGUCCAGCGCACAAGUUAUUCAUGAGAGCUACAGUCCUGGUGGCAGAUUUGUUGAUUUACAUCCCCGCUGUGAUUUUAUACUGUUUAUACCUGACUGAUGGAUCCUCUAAAAAAAAGGUUUCCACUCUGUUCUGCUUCCUUCUAUACCCAGGGCUAAUCCUCAUUGACUACGGGCAUUUCCAGUACAAUGGAGUGAGUCUAGGCUUUGCCCUGUGGGGGGUUCUGGCUCUGGGUCUGGGCUGGGAUGUGUUGGGCUCCGUGGCCUUUUGUCUGGCUCUCAACUACAAACAGAUGGAGCUGUACCAUGCUCUGCCCUUCUUCUGCUACCUGCUGGGCAAGUGUAUCAAACUGGGCCCGAUGGGGCGAGGGUUUUUCCUCUUGGUGAGAAUUGCUUCAACUGUGUUGGUGACUUUUGCCCUCUGCUGGCUGCCCUUCCUGUCUGACCCCAGUCAGGCCUUGCAGGUGGUCAGGAGGAUCUUUCCCGUGGCUCGUGGUCUGUUUGAGGAUAAGGUGGCCAACACAUGGUGCAGCUUGAACAUCCUGAUAAAGAUCAGAUCCAUUCUGUCCAGUGACUCCCAGAUCUACCUCAGUACUGCCUGCACUCUUCUAGCAGUCCUACCUUCCUCAGUCAAACUUCUGAUGAAACCCACCUUCUGGCAGUUUAAACUGGCCUUGGCUAAUUCAGCUCUGGCGUUUUUCCUCUUUUCCUAUCAAGUCCACGAGAAGUCCAUCCUCUUGGCUGCCUUGCCUGUCUGCCUCCUGCUAAAUGACCUCCCCUUGGUAGCUAUUUGGUUCCUGCUGACCUCAACAUUCAGCAUGCUGCCUCUGUUUCUGAAGGACGGUCUGCUGGUGCCCUAUGUUGUGACCUCGCUGGCCUUCCUCUUCUUCAGCCUCUAUCUACUGUCUGCACUGGAGCACUGCUCAGAGGAAGAGCUGAGACUGGGAGCCUACCACAAGAUGCUGUUCUUUCUACCAAAACUGGACCUGGCCUGUAUUACAAGAUGGAAGUUCUCCAUUGGCGUUGCAGCCAUGGCUGGCCUGAGCGCCGUGAGUGUAGUUCUGGUUCCUCCACCACAUCUACCUGACUUGUUUCCUGUGUUGGUGUCUACUACAGCUUUCCUGCAAUUCUUGGGAACAUUUUUAUAUUUCAAUAUUGUCCAGUUCAGCGGGCCACCCAGCAGAAAGAGCCAGAAGAAGAGUAACUGAAUGGUGCCAAAGGCAGUGAAAUACAUGUGCCCUAAUUUUGCUACAGGAAAGCUGGUGUUACAUUGUAGGGCAUGUCUGCUCCUAAUGUGCGUGAAGGCUUUCACUCGUGCCAUUGUGUCCCCAGUGCAAAUAGCAUGAAUGUACAGCUGCAAUGAUUAUUAAUUGAUUAGCUGAGAAAAUUAACUAUUUUGAUAAGCAAUUAAUAUAAGUAAAAUUUAAAGCAAAUACGGCAAACAUUGGAUGGUUCCAGCUUCUCAGAUAUAAUUUUCUGCUUGUCCUCGUUUUCCAUUACAGCAAAUUGAAUAACUUUGGGUUUUAAAUGGUUGCUCGGACAAAACGAGAGAUUUGAUGUUAUCACCUUGGGCUUCGGUUUUCUGAACUUUCAAAGACGAAGUACCUGUAAUGGAGAAGUUAACUGGCAGAUUAAUCAAUAAUGAAAAUAAUUAGUUGCAGCCCUACACAAAUGCUUAUUAAGACAUACUGUGGGCUGAAAAAUCAUUAUACUAUAAAAUGGAAACUCAGAUGAGCUCUGACAUCAAAUGAAAUUAAAGGGUAGUGAUAUUUUCUAGUUUGGACCAAGUAAAUUCAGGAAAAUCUGUUGUUUCUGUACAUUUUCCCAAACUACAUAAUUCCUUAAUGUGAAAAAUACCUCUUCUCUUGAAUUAUGUUUUGCUUGGACCAAUGAUACUUUACUCUUAAAACCACAUUAUUGCUACCUAAUCUCAAGUACAACUAGGUAAGCAGUGUGCAGCCUACGCACUUGACUUUAGAUAGCUCUGUGCCGGUAUGCUCAAGCUGCAGGAGGUGGCCACAAUAAUAGGAACACCUGUUUUAAUGUUCGGUUAUUGUUUAGACCGUUGGGGGAGGUAUUGAUUUAAUUGUGUGGUAACGUUUAAAGCUAUAGGUGGUGGUGGUGGUGGCCUUAAGGAUGUUGUGAGGUGUUCCUGUUGUUUUAUCCACCCUCAGUACCCCUUCUAGGGAUUGUGAUUAAAAUGCAUACCUGAUGCGACUGGACUCAGGUGUAGCAGUAAAGGUUGUCAUUAUCUAUUCAUCUGAGGGGUUGUUUUUUUUCACGGUUUUCUACUGUAUAUUUUUAUCCAUUCUUGAAGUUAUUUUGUACAAACUUAGUUUUUGUGAAAAUAAAUAAAAAUUUCU